GGUUCAUCAGGGGUGGAUAGGUAGGUGGGGGGGGGGGGGGGGGUCAACAGUGGAACACAACACUGCAGUUCAUAGUUGCUUCUCUUCGUGUUUUAUGCAGAUUGCUAUGGCUUCUUUGUUUGAUGAUACUGUGAACAAUCUAAAUGCCAUUGUUCGAAGUGCUCCAGAGCGACCUAACUCGGUGAAGUCUCAAGUGUUUGCUAAACUAAUCGAUGGGAUUCGUACUGACUUUUGUAUCAUUGUUUAUAGUAACAGGGUAUUUGUGAUUGUCACACAGUGUAUGAAGAUCGGCAACUUGUACAGUGUUCGUCAAGAUUCCACACAGAAAGACGGGAUUUUUUCUGCAAGUGCUCUGUUUAUAUAUGAGAUUAAGUGUAUCCUUGGAGCAGAGUGUGAAGUGGUAACACAGGCUGUUAGACUGUUGGCAGAGAAGUUGGAUAUCUCACGACCUUUACUACUGUCUCUUACUGUCCCUGCACUCAAUCACUCCACAGUCAUUCAUAUAGCAGAAAUCCUACUUGAACACAAGUGUUGGUAGAGUAAACAAAUCAAGCUAUGGACAAAGCAAAUAAUUAUUAUGGAACUGGAGAAGAAAUGAAUAUUCAGCAAUUAUUGUCUUGUGCAGUGGGAGCAGAGUGGGAACAUGAACACAUUGGCACUGCUUGAGAGGAGUUCAUGAAGAAUGCUGAUAAGUUUGAUGAUGAUGAAAUUAUGAAGACGAUUACACAUCAGAAUCAGAAUAGGCUAUAAAUUAUUAACCCUUUCAGGGUCCCCAGGCCCUCUCCCAGACUUGUUCUCAGAGUUGCCCAAAUUUAAAAAAAAAAUAUAUAUAUAUGAAAAGAUAGAGAAUCUUUUCCCGAUCAUAAUGACACCAAAAGUAUGAAAUUUGAUGGAAAACUUACGGAAUUAUGCUCUCGCGAAGUUAGCGGCCUCGACAUUGUUUACACAUCGGCGAUUUUGCCCACUUUGAGCCCUAUUUUCAGCCAAUUCCAGUGCACUAGUUGACAUAAAUCAUAACUAUUUCGCUAGAACUCCAUUUUUUCUAUCGAAUGAGUACAAGAAACCACCCAUUUACCGAUUUCAGCUAUCCAAUACAGUGGUCAGAAUUUAGCAAUUUUGCCAAUUUCACACAAAUUUCAAAAGAUGCCAAUUUCCAAAUUGGGUCCAGAAUAAACAAGACACAUUCCUGGCACUAAAAUAACAUUUCCUCUGUUCAUUAGUCACAUCCCCAGGCCCCUCUUACAUUCUUUUGCUUUCCACUUUGAAUUUUUCUUCUCACAAAAAAUAGAAGAUUUACUGUUAUGCAUACUACUGCAUUAGUGUAGAAAUGGUAUAAAUAAUAUCAGCGCACUUGCAAAAGAAUAUUAGACUCGCCAGUUGACAUGUAUUGGACGCUUAGCAUGAUUUGUUUACUUUUGAACUUUGGUAAAAAUCGAACAUUUCUGCUACUUUGAGCUCAAUUUCAAGGUACUUUUCAUUGUAAAACCAGUCAAAAUCAUCUCAAUUUCUGUAAUAUGUCUUCCAUUCUAUAAAAUGAGACCAGGAAAACUAGAAUACAACAGUAAAUACCAUACGAAAAUACAGUGCAAAGUCGCUGUUUUAAUCCAAAAACACGGUCAAAGUUUUUUUUUCUCAUUACACAGUGUGUGCUGCAGGAUUUUUUUUAUUCUGCGCACACUGACCACAUAGACCCAUUCUUUCAUAUGUAGGCCUACCAGCUUUCUCUCGCUAGAUUUGAGGGCGCUAGAAUUUAGGCGUACUAGUAUGUCAAAAACCCUGGUGCGUAAGCCGUACUAGUACGUCCGAAACCCUGAAAGGGUUAAAUGAUGAAGUAGGAAAAUGUACGGGGAUAAUAGUUUUAUCAAAUUAAAACUAAAAUAAUGUGAAAUUUUUAUAGAUUUUCAAGCAUUUUAGUCAUUAACCCUUUAAUAAAACUAGUGUAUUCAUACUUUUGUUUCCAAUAAUAAAUACAGUUUUUUUCA